UACGAGACUUCACCGCGACUUUGCUUGUCAACAAAUAUGGCGUCGAAAUUGUGACCCUCCUCUUCACGGCGAUUUUUAACAGCGGAAAAUUUCCAUCCAUAAACCUACCAGUUGGAAGUUGCUGCCCGUGCUGACUAUGACACCGUGGUUUUAUCUCCUGCUUGUACACCAAACUAUAUCAAGGGAUAUGCUGUACGAUUUAUUUGAAGUGAAUGGAUAGCAAUCUCACAAAACUCAACAUGUUGACUGAUAUAAAUCUCACAUGAAAGGCAUACAUGCUGACAUUUGUAUAUCUUCUAACAUUUCAUAAGACCAGCUGUGUGUGCUGGCAUUCUGCAUAAAUCUAGUAUUUAUUACGCUUUGUGUAUAUACAGGUAUUUGUAAUCCUGAAAUUUUAUUAAGUGGUUAGCAUACAGAAAUUGUUUCUCAAUGAAUACAGAUUUAUUGGGCCUCAUAAGUCAUGAAGAGCUGUCGUUGCCUAUGGCAGCUGAGGGCCAGACAGUAGGAAAUGAGGAUCUAUUAAAUGAAUCUUCAAGUACAGACGACGAAGUGAAGGUCAAGGAUGUUGUAGGAGGUGUAACACAGACAGCACAGUCUACGGACACAGAGAUACCUGAUGAGUCUGAGGAGGAAUGCAAUCAACUGAAAUCCAACACAAAUUCCAAAGACACAGAUCUAGAACAGCCAUUGCUUGAUGAAACCAAAGAAACAGAUUCAGAGUUACAAUUUGUGUACAACACCAAAGAGGAAUCCUAUGGGGAUACAGUAUUACUCUUGCCUUUUGAUGAAAACAAUACAUCUUCAACUGAUGAAAUUGAGCCAAAAUACAUAGAUUCUGAAAAAAUUGAUGAAAAGAAGGAUAAUCUGACUGUCAGUACACCAUUAGAAUCUAUUCAUUUUGUUGAUGAAAGUGGAGACAAAGAAAGACUUUUGCAACCUGAUUCAGAUCUGUCAUUUAAUUCUGACGACAAAUAUCAGAAGAAGGUUGAUGACGAAAAAACUCACCCAGAUUACUAUUUGAAGGGGAGUGCUAGCCUGAUUGAAAAUCUGCCAAAAGAUACUGUUAAUGAAAGUCUACCAAAAGUAGAUGAAACUCCUCCUGAUGGUGGUCUGGAUGAAAUACAGAUCGCUAGUUGUCUAGAUGAAAAUCUGUCAAGAGAUAUCCUGGAUGACGCUCUGAUUGAACUGACUUCUGUACAACCGGUAGAGGCUGCAGGCCAUUUCCUGGAGCUAUCGGUAGAGGAUUCUGAAAACACACUAAGUAACGAAGCAACACCAGACAUGAUCACUGGACAUUUACACAAGUGUUCAAGUCAGGAGAGCAUGGAAAAGACCAGCAAUAGCAUCACACUGCUGGGCCUGGCAAGGGGAGACAAUCAGGAGACGGUAGAAUCAGACACAGAACAAGCAAUUUUUAUCCCAAGUGUCAAACUCAAGGGUGUCCUUGAUUAUCAAACUGGAAAAGAGAUUUCAGAUAGUGCUAACACAGCCACAGAGCCAUCGGAUAGUGUUACGGAAGCUACAGAACCAUCCGGUAGUGCUACAGGGACAUCACAUUCUUCUGCUGAAGCCGCAGGGGUCGAACACAUUUUGAAUGAACAUUCUUCAGAUGAUGAAACUGAGCCUAAAUCUGAAGAUGUGGAUGGUGAUGUGAUAGUACCAGAUCCUACUUUAGUUCAGGAAAACAAAGUGAUUGACCAGGAUUCUGAUAUAGAGGAAGGUCACCUGGAGGUCACUGCUUACCAGGAAACAGAGAAAAGUGAGGACGACAAAGUGUUGGUUUACGAGCAUCCUUUUGUGUCACACGUCAAUGUUGACAGUGUGAACUACCCGGAGUCAUGUCUAGCAAAGGAGAAGAAGAGGAAGAAGAAAGACCACAGCCUAAAAGACAGUGAGGAUCACAUCAAGAGUUUGUUAGUCAGUCUAAACCUGAAGCACCUAAAAGCAUUCCUGCGGACCAGUCUUUGGGCACAUGAUCACCAGAUGCGCGGGUUACUAUGGCAACAAGCCUGUAAAUACCUACACAAGGCAGGAGGCGACUUCUACGAGGAGAUGGUUGAUGAGCUUUAUAACCAGCAAGGACAGUCAGGGGAGGUCACUCUGCCAUCCUUGGUGGACUUUGACAACCUGCCAACGUACCAUCUGAACACACCUGGUAUCCAAUCUGUACAGAAAAUCCUGGCAGUGAUGCACCACACCAAUCCUGACAUCACAUAUUGCCCGACAUUGUUUGGUCUGGUCAGCGUCUUCCUUCACUACAUGACCCCGUCUGAUGCUUACAACUGUGCUUAUGGGCUGCUGCGAUCCAAAGAAACAUUCAUUAUGCAAACCAAAGUUUCAUUUGAAGCCACAAAGAUGGUGAUCAGGGAUCUUACCAAAACAUAUGCAAAGUCGGCGUAUGUGAACCUUGUGCGAAACACAAACAACAUUGAUGGUGUGUUUGACUCGUGGUACUGGUGGAUCUUCAGAGACCUUCCCUUUCCUCACCUUGUGUGUAUCAUAGACUGUUUUAUACUGGAGGGUAUCAAAGUCUUCUACAGGGCUGCUCUGGCUAUCCUCAUUCUGUACACCAAACAUACAGCCAAAAGGUCCAGAAGUAGCAGCAGACAUGGUCAUGCAGACGCAGCCACUUCCAUCAGACAGUUCUGUCGGGAGUUUCCGUUCCGUACAGAUAAACUCUUAAGAACAGGGUUUGGUGUUCGAGGCCUGACCAGAAAACAUAUAAAGAAGCUACAGAUCAAGAAUGAGAUGUACAUCAACAGUCGUCACUUGCAUACCUCCGCAUCUUCCCAGUCCAUGAAUGGACGUCGACGAGCAAACAGUGGACCAACAAACAUCCAUAUAGACGGAACGAGUACGAUCUUCACACAGGACAUGCUGUACACUGUUUGGUCGUGGCUGCCGCCCCGUUUUGCCGUCUGUCAGCCCGAGCUGCUGUAUACGUCAGAGGAGCACGGGACGAGUCUGAUGACACUGUACACUCGUGUGGAAGACCACCAACCGACUCUCAUCGUCAUCAAAACGACAAACGACGAGGUGUUUGGAGCAUUUUGUUCCACAUACUGGCGAGACAGAAAGCAUCGUACGAAAAACCUAUCGUACUUCGGAACAGGAGAGACAUUUAUCUUCACACUUAACCCAAAGAAACAGAAGUACUCGUGGGUGGGUCUCCAGCAGGAGGACAUUCCAAACACUGCCAAUAUGUUUCUGGCAGGGGAUAACUCUAUGUUGACAAUUGGGGGCGGAAACGGGGAAGCUAUACAACUGGACGCUAACCUGCUGCACUGCCGCACCGAAAAGUGUGACACCUUCCACAACGAACCGCUGUGUACAGGAGAGGACUUCACCUGUAAAGUUGUAGAGGUGUACGGAUUUGUAUGAGGACAUGUUUACCUGGUUAUACUAGGGAACAGAUACAAACAAGUUUUUACAUCCUGUAAGUGAGGAGAGCGGAACAUAGAUAUCUUUACCUAAAGUGAAUAAUAUUGAAGGCUUUGUUAGACGCUCGUAUAGGCCUGUGUUCACCACCAGUGGACACGGCUGGAAAAAAGACAACUAGACUUACAUAGAGUAUAUGAGGCAUACAGAUGAUCAAGCAGUUGUCUGAAUACUUGUUUCGUGAACAGGUACAUUGUUUGUAUUAGAUGAACCAAACUCAGCAGUAUACACAGCUCCACUCAGCAGACAUUGUCAUGGAAGGCUUCAUGAACGAGAGUUAUCGCUCUCAUACGUGUGUGAGAAAUGUUUGUCUUAAAUGACUUAUGAUAUCAUGAUUUGGGUAGUAAAUGUAAUGUAUCAACGCUGUACAUGAGAUGAUGGCAGGUUUUAGCCUUCAUGAAAAUUGAUAUUUAUACUCGAUAUUUAGAAAUGUACAUCAUUAUAAAGUAUUCUUUCAUGCAUGUUUACAGAAGAUAAGCGAUUUCACCCUCCUGGUAUUGAAUUGAGAGCUAAACCCUGGACAGGACCUUGAUUAUUUAGCAGUUGAGCUGCAUAUAUUUUUCCUAUUCAAUACCUCUCAGAGAGGAAUUUUCCAAUCUUCCACACACUCAUGUGAAUAGUGUACAUACUGCACAUCCUAGAUGUGACAGGUUGCUAUGGAUAUAUUCUCAGUAAUCCAAACAUGAUUAUGAUUGCACAAGGUAAUAUGGAAAUAAACUAAUGAUGAUGAAAGAAGAGAAUAAUAAAAAAAAUGUUGGUGGUUCUUCGUAGGUCAGUCGUGAAAUCGUGAAAAUAAUUGUACCACUCCUGGAUCCUUCAGGUUUGUACAGAUCCUGUAAUCAUUCUAGUGUAUAGAUAAAUGUACAGUCCUCCGAUCUGACCAAGAUGUGUGAAGGUUGUCUGGAGGAAUAGGGAAAAGUGUGUAAUAUUGUACUUAUCUAGUCAGUGUGCUUUGUGAACAGCAGCCAUUAAUUUUAAAAAAAAGUUGGAAAAAUGAAAUAAAAAUAAAAUCACAUAUAAAAGGGAUUGUCAAAAGUAUAGAGCUCUUAAGGAGGCGAGUCCUGUCAAACACUUUAUCUCUGUUUAUAUUUUGUUAAACCUGUAUAUUUACACAAAAACAGUAACUGUUAUACUACGGAAUGAUAAUAGCUUAGCGAUUUCACGGUCCACUGGAUAUGCUACGUAAACCUGCUUAAUGUGUUUCUAUAAAAAAAAUACAAUAAGUCUUUCUUUCAUUUUUAACCCAUUGUUAUUGUGAAUUGGCAAGCAAUUUCAAGUCAAAAAUGCCACACAAAUAGGAACUCUCCUUCAUUGGAGAUACAAAACAGAGUAGUUGGACUCUCUACAUUAUGUCAAUAAAAUACAUUUGUUUCUGUAAUAUUCCAGUGUCUUGCUAUAUUUUACCUGUGGUAACUUGUUCAAUGGGGUGUUUAAUAGCCGUUAAAAAUGAUCACUGGUUAGUUACAAGAUACACAUCAGCAGUUGUUCAAAAAUUCAUUUAUAUUUACCAGUUUAACCGAAAAACAUCAGAAAUUCAGUGAUUCACGUGAAAUAAUAUUUUGCCAAAAAAUAUCCAUCACAUUAGGAAAUUUAUAUUAAUAUGUUUAAAGAAGUUCAUUACUGUUUUAUGGGGUUUUUUUAGGUUGAAGAGUUUUCUUAUUGUCUAUCACAUAAUGAGAUUGAUAAUAAAGAGAUAAUUCUUUCAUAAAAUAUACCCAAAAAUAUAUAAAUAUCAGGACAGGUAAAGAAAAUAGAGAUAAAGAUUGACCCAAUAAUAGUUGUCAUUACAGGUAAUACUAUCAGGUGUGAAAGGAAAGCUGGCCUGGUUAAUCAUCGUCUAAUUAAGCAGCUUAACUCUGUCACCCCUGAAAUUUCAUAAUGGACUAUUCUAACCUUUGAAUUGGAAGAGUUCAAAUGUGUGUCUUCAAAGGUUAAAGAGUUAAAGAGUCUUUAACACAAUUUUUAAAAACAAACUGUUUGAGAAUUACUGCUGAAAAAGAAACAUAAUAAUUGGUGUCUUUUUUUCUUAGGAAUACUAUUUCAAAUCCAUAUAUGCUUGGGUUCGAAAUUCAAUCUAAAACAUAUAUGGAUAAGAAAUAGUAUUCUUUGGUUGGCAGCCAUGCAAUAUUUUUUAAAUUUUACUUGAUAAGAAAUGUUUGAUUAAAUUUUUGGUAAGCUGAUAACAACUGAUUCUUGGUGGACCAAAUUGUUGAAAUCAUCGUUAGCUAAUUAACACAUUAAUUCACCCCUGAAAUUUCACAAUGAAAUAUUCCAACCAUUGAAUUGGAAGAGUUCAAAUGUGUCUUCAGGGGUGAAUGAGUUAACAAGUAGUGAAACAUAUUUUCAAACUGCUGCUUUUAAAUAAGAAAGAUAUGAAAAUUUACAUAUUCUUCAGUAAUUUAGAUUCUGGAUAGCUGUGAAAAUUUACAUAUACUUCUGUAAUUUAGAUUCUGGAUAGCUGUGAAAAUUUACAUGUUAUUUUGAAUCCAGAUAAUAAGUUUGAAUCUCAUCUCUAUACGUCUAGUUUUAGUUUUCAACUUCAAUAUUUUUCAAAAUGUUUGAGAUUAAUUUGUAAUCUGUAAAUUGUAAUCUGAAUGGGCCUUAAACAAGCAGGCCCUGGUGAACAUUAUUGUGUGUGGCUUUUAUGUUAGAUCACAAGUGUAUGUUAUGUAUUUAUCACAAGACUACUUCAUUAUACAGUGUAAACAACCAGCCCUAAUUUUGUGUAUCGCCUCAUACGUACCAUGUGUAUCACCGCCUGUGAUGUUAGAUUAAAAUGUGACGUUAUAGACAUUAAGGUGAUACUGUGAUGUCACACAACGUAUAUAAAUCCAGAUUGUGAGUGGAAUCAUGUUUCUCAUGAAUAUAUGAAGAACUUGAUGACCUGUUUCAAGAAUAACUGAAAUUUGUGAAAUAUUUAUAAAGAUUGAUGAAAUCAUUGCCAAAGCUCUGUUUCGUACAGCAGUCUUUCAUUUAGGACUUAUUUUAUCAGUCAUAUAAUAGAUGAGUCAAUGGACAGUACUUAACCCUUUCACCGUUAUGUAACUUUAGUUAACUCUACCAUGCAUUGCAUGAUCUGGGUUAGUCCAUUAUGAUCUACAGUGGUGAAAGGGUUAAGUUAGAAAUUUAAAAAAAACUGUUAUUUGACAUAUUCAUUAUAAUAGUGCUUGUGAAAUUUAACACUUACUAUAUAUGUCUUUGUUGUAUUGUCACAGUAGCAAGUAGCAUUAUUUUUAAUAUUGACAAGGGCAAUUAUAAUGUUAUAAUAGCUGUCUUAUAUUUAAUGGUACACAUGAACAUGAUUGUUGUUGUGGGUAGUGCAGUGCAUGUCUAGUUCUGUCAGAAAAUUACCACAAUAAUAAGGUGUUGGUGAAAAUAACAUAGCUACCAUUUUAACACUUCCAUUCACAAUUGUAAUUUAGAUGUAAAGUUGGAAAGAUGGUAACAUUUUAUUUAGAUUGCAUUCAGUUAAUAUAUAUACAUUACCAUACUAGUGUAUGUACCAAAAUACACGCUUUUCUUAAAUUAAACACAAAGUAUAUUACAUUGUGUCGUCUUAUUAAGCAUUGCUAUUUGAUAUUACCAUGUUUUGCAACUAAGAUAUUUUGUAUCUUAUCUCAGUGCAAAGUUGCUGGAAAGUUAUUUCAGGAUAGCAUCAGGAGUGAAUUUACCUGAUUGCUCAUACAUGUAUUAGUAAUAUUUUGUAUGACUUUACCAGUAUAGAUUACCCAUCUUCAUACAGAGUCUUAUCUGUUGGAACGACAUAACUCCCGGAAAACAUAGUUACAAAUUACAUUCAGUGGGAUAAAAGACAUAACUCCCGCAAAACAUAGUUACAAAUUACAUUUAGUGGGAUAUCUACAGUUCAUACUGAUAAUGCAAUUAUCAUAAGGAAACAGAAAGAACAAAUUAUAAGAACGACACAUUUAAAAUACUACUGUAUUAAAACGUUUUAAUUCCCAAUCAAAUCCUGGUUCAUUUUGAUUUAGUAUGGAUUUUUCCCCAUUUUUUGCAAUGUGUAUGAGGGAGCAGCAAUUUGUGAUAUUAUUGAAUCAUAUAAUUUGUACAAAUUGUUAACAAUUAUUAAGCAUUAAACUGCCUUCUUUUGAAAGUUAUUGUCGUAUAAUUCUCACAGGAUUGAAGACAAAUUGAAUAACACACAUUUUUUUAAAUUUAAGUUUUUCUUCUAUUUUCCAACCUGUUAUCACAUUUCAAAGUCAAAUUUCGCGCUGUGUGUCAAUGGUACUUGUUCUUGUGACGUCACGAGUACACGCAAUCGUUCCUGGCAACAACAUAUAGUUUGUGAAAUAAACAAAAAAUAAACAAUUUAAUCAACAUAUUCUAUCGUGAGGAUAUUCAACUUCUAUACAACAUAACUACAUAAAUUGUUGCGAGUUACAUUGAUCAUCGGUCAAAACAGUUCUUCAUGUCGUCACGGACACGUCCUUCAUAUCACUACACCCAUGGCAUUAUGUGAGAAUUAUGAUCUGAUAUCUUUCUAUUUUGUUUGGUAAGGUUAUAUAGUGUCAAUGCAGAGAAAAGGGAAAUAUUACAAGUUGGAUAUGUGUCACCCUGGUGGAGAUUUUCUCUUCAGUUACUCAAUACAAUGUAAGAUUAGUUAAUCAGAGGUGCUGGGUCGGUAGUUGGGAAAAAAUCAUUGACCUAGGUUACGUAUUUUGAUGCAGAAAUUUUGAAUAUUUUUGUUAUGUUAUGUGUCAAUGUGAUUGCAGUCUUUCUUGUGACCGCUUUUGAAAUUAUUUAAAGGUAAAUAUGUGUUUAACCACUGCACCAGACAUUCCUGUAGUUUGAUUGAUGAGAUCAUCUACUUUAACCAAACUGGGUUGUUCUGAUGAUGUUGACUAAUUGGCCAAUCAGUAAUGAUCAUCAAUUACAGAUUGUCAUGAUAGAUAGACUGAGAAAAACUUCCAAUCAUGUUUUUGUAAAUAUUGGAGUCGAGCAAAAUCAUACAUAAUGCUAGGAAGUACAUUUUUAUAACAAGAUUUCAAUUCAAUCCCAGUAGCCCCCUAUAACUGAAACCAUGAAUGUAUUGCCUCCCCAAGCAAUGCAAAAAAAGUGAGGAAAACGACAUAAAAUAAAGGUGACAUGAACCCUUCUGAUUAUUGAUUUGUAAUUAAUCAUUGUUAUAUUUAAUCAUUAUUUUUACUUGUAUAAAAGUGAUUCAUGGUAGCCGACUACAUGUAGCAGAUUGACACUGUUGUGUGUUGUGUCACUUUCAGAGUUUGGUACACAGCAUAUCACCACUGGGUCAGUCCGCUAGGUAUUAAUAAUAUAUUUCCUAUCCCGGUAUAAACAGCUACAUUUAUGUAGUAUAUUCAGCACCAAGACAGUGAUACUGCCCCCAAGACUUUGACCUCUAAGAGGUUCCUCAUUGUUUAAGUUAUACAUAACAAUAUAAAUAGUAAGGGGAAUCCUAUAUGGGACAACGUUGUAACAACUCGGGAGUGCUUCCCCGGUAAGUGAAGUAUAGUGAUACGGAUAAAUGUCUGUUAAAACGUGUCUUAUAUUUGAUUGCAAUCAUCAUCAUGUACAAUUUAAUUAUUUACCAGUUUGUGGAAGAUAUAUGUAGAUGUAUCAGACUGGUCCAUACAAAAUAGGUUUACAUGUAUAUGAUGUUACUGGUACUGUAAGCACUUUUUGACUUGUACCAAGUAUCGCCAUUGGCGUUUUUACGCAUAAUAUUAUUUCUAGAACCUGGACUCUUCAGCUAUCUUUGAAAUAGUCUUUGGCAAUAGUUGCUGUAUGGUGAGAGCUGAUUCAAUCUCAAGAAAUCGUACUUCUGAAUAGAAAUCUGAUCAAAUAUGCAUCUACCUUAUAUUGUCCUCUUAUUCCAGAUUACGUUUACAUUGCCAAGGUUUGUUUUUCGUCAAACUGUAAGACCAGGCCCUUUCUAUAGUAUGCUACCCGUCAAAUUGUAUAUGUUUAUCUGAUGUUUUUGUCCAAAAUCAUUGUCCAGCAAAGACAAAAAUACGAAAUAUUUGUAACCUGCAAUUUACAUGUACUUGCAAUAUUUCUUAGAAGGAUAUUCCUCGAUCACAUACAAUUAAGUCAUUAUUUAAGAUGUGUUAUAAUCUGUAGAUAAGUAGAUUGAAACCAUACUCUGCCAAUGUCAUACUAUGUUAAACCGUAUGCAAUAAACCCAUCGAUGCUUUUGUCAAAUCA